AAAGCAACAACGAAAUUGAUAAUAAAUGGAGUGUCGUUAAAUUUGGUUUACGUUCGAUAAAAAUGAUGAUCAUUACCAAUAGUUGUGAAAACGAAGCAAGUAAGAAAGCAAACAUGUGAACAUCUGUGGCUAUAUUAGCGGCUAAUACACGUGUGAAAAUCUCAUUUUUAUGUCAUUUAAUUGCGCAUCAUUCGAUAUCUUACAACCCAAAUCGAUUCAGUAUUUUCCAACCAAAUUGUUCUUCAAUCAAACUGCACUCAUACCAAGUUUUUGUCUAAAAUUUGCGCAUCAAUUUUUUUAAUCGAAACAAUUGUGCUACGAGUUCUCAGUGUCGCGCACUGUGGAUUUUAUUGGCUCCAACAGACGCUCCGAAGCUCUGCACCAUUACAAAUCAAUAGAGCAAAACAACAGCAGGCAUUUACAUAGCCGCAUAAAUGAGAAUAUAUACUGAAUACUAAAAACUGUGUCAAGUUCAUUCAUAUAGAGUGUGAUAAACCCUUUUUGUCCAAAUGUUAUGAACGCAGCAAAACAAAACAAAACAAAACAAAAUAUAUUAAAAAAGCUGUUGAUUAUACGAUAAAUGUUUGUACGAAGAAAAUUUUGUGAUAAUUGCUAGUUGAUUGUAUGAAUUCUUCUGUUUUUUUUUUUGUUCAAAGUGAAAACGGUUAAAUAGAAAUUCUAUACAAAUGGAAGUGUGCUGCUUGAAAAUGGCAUCGCGAUGCAGACCAAUGAGAGCGGUAAUAACUGAUGUUCCCAAGAUACCCACAGUCAGUACAUCACACGAUUGUGGCUCACUAUCCAGAGUUGUAAUGGUUCGGAAAACUGAUUCUCGAAUGACCAAGAAAGUGACCAAGAAACCUGAAGCGGAUCCACAAUGUGAAUUUCUAACAUUUGAAACGAUUCAAACGUAUCGUGGUCACAAACCAGACCGAACAAUUGUCAUGAAAGAAAAGCAUGACAUGUGCGAGUCGGAAGCUCAACGAUCACCGUGCGCACAACGUUUUAUGCGAUCGAGUACAAAUAGUGUGUCAGAAACGCCAAAUGGUCAUUUGUCAUCAUCGGAAAAGGAAACUACCAGUGACGAAAAGGUGAAAAAGCCCAAGGAAAAAGAAAAAGAAAAGAAACCAACAACUGGCGAAGCGGAUGUGGCAAAAAAACGGGUGACAAUUUUGAAAAAUUCAUUGACACCGCCAGUUUCAUCAUCAAGCACACCGCAACGUGUUCGACGCUCACAGUCACUCAGUUCAACGCGAUCAACAACAUUUACCGAAUUUGAAAAAUCAUGUUUACGCGCACACAAUGAAUACCGUGCCAAACAUGCUGUGCCACCAUUAAAAUUGAGCAAGCGAUUGUGUCGCUUCUCGGAAGAAUGGGCCAAGAUUUUAGCAUCUAGAGGAACGCCAGUACAUCGAAAUAAUUCACCAUAUGGUGAGAAUAUAUUUUGUUCAUGGAGCUCAAUACCAAACAUGGGAUCCGUCAAAGGAUGGGAGCCCGUCGAACAUUGGUACAGUGAAAAUGUAAAUCAUUCGUAUGGCAAAGAACCAUCCACAUUAAAAACCGGUCAUUUUACACAAGUCAUAUGGCAUGAUUCGCGUGAAUUGGGCGUUGGCAUGGCCAAAAAUCGAACCGGACAAAUUUUUGUCGUUGCAAAUUAUGAUCCGCCCGGUAAUUUUAUUGGCAGUUUCACCGAAAAUGUUCCACCAAUUGGCGGUUUUGACGAAGCUCAAAUGGAAAAAGUUAAACGAUCGUCCGUUUCGUUCGAGUCAUUUCUAGAUCCAGACAAAGAGGAUGACUUGAAUUUGGAAAUUUUCAUUAAAGCUAUUUUGAGAUAUCACAACGAAUACCGAAGAAAACAUGGUGUGCCAGAAUUAAAAUUAAACAAGAAACUAUGCACCGUGUCACAAGAAUGGGCUGAAACACUGGCGUCUGAAGAUCGAUUUGCGCAUCGGCCGAAUUCAAAUUUUGGUGAAAAUAUUUACUGUCUUUGGUCAUCGGAUCGAAUGGCAAAAGCCAACCCAAGAGAGGUGUGCCGAUCAUGGUACGACGAAAUUAAGGAGCAUGAUUUUGCGGUUGAACCAAAGGGCAUAUUCAAAGCUGGCCAUUUCACACAGUUGAUUUGGAAAACAUCACAGGAUUUGGGUGUCGGUGUUAGCAAAACGAAAAAGGGCAAAGUUUUGGUUGUAUGCAAUUACAAUCCGCGCGGCAAUAUUGCAGGACAAUUCACAUCAAACGUGUUAAAAGCUCGUUAAAUUCAAAACCAAUUCUUUUAUUUUGGCUUUCCUCGUGAACUGCAAAAUUUUGAUUUAAAUUUAAAUUACACCUUUUACUGAACGCGCGUCAAUUUAAUCGAAAGUUUGUAUUGAACAAAAGCACAUAAAAUUCAAAUCAAAAAUUGAAAUUGCGUGGCUCUUGUCACCAAAAUACGUAAUUUUAAUUUGAAAAACUAUUGGAAACAAAUAAUUUAAAAUGUAAACUUUAGCCCGAUAAAAGUAUAAAAGAAAAAGAAAACAAUAAUGAAUUGAGUACCUGCAUUUGUUUGCAUUAUUUGAAUGUACAUGGACGGAGUGUAUGUUUUUUUGUACCUUUUUAGUUACCGAGUUCAAAACGAAAUUGUUAUGUAUGCUAUAAUAAAUCAUUAGGUAUUUAUAGUCAUUGAAUCGAGCGAAGCAUUAGUUAUAAAGAAAAACACAAAUCGGAUCACAUAUGAAAUAAAAACGAAUAAGAUUGAGAGAUUGCCUUCAGUAGUAAAUAAAAUGCGACUAGAAUACCGAACCACAGGAAAUAGAUGUUAGAAAGUAAAUGAAACAGAAACCGCCUUGAACUGUGCAUACUAAUUUACCAAAUUUUGGAGAAAUGAAAAAAGAACGAAAAUAUCGCCAUUUUACCAGUGGUCUUAUGUACGUCUUUUUGAAUUACACAUUAAAAUAGGUACGUGCACAUACACAAUCACACACAAAUGCAAACCGAAUUUGAUCGAUUUCGGUCAUUUUAUUUAAUUUAAUAAACAUAAUAUUAAUAGUAGAAUAUUUAGUCUAGGAAUUCUUAUUAAAUUCAAUUCAAUGGCAAUUUAAAUUGAUAAGUCACAUAAACAGUAUUUAGUUUAUAAGAAAUGUCCAUUUCAUAAUCGCUUGAAAUUUAUUCAAACAUACCAUUUUAUUAUAACAACACAAAAUAUCUGUACACUUGUAUCAUUUAAUCUAGUCGACACGUGAACAAUUCUGAAAAAAGGGCGCGUAAGUUAAUUAUUUAAUUAAAAAAACAUCGAUUUAAAACAAUUGCUCUAUUUUUCACAAUUAUCGCAAAUAAAUAAAUAAAACUCCAAAUAUAAAA